AUGGCUCCUUACAACUGCAAAGAGCAGAACAGAAAACGUGAAGUACUCUCGGGCUCCACAGACGGAGCCCAUGUUCGACCGACACUCGAGCGAACUGCAGGAAGCAGAGACUUCCUUCGACAGCCGGGCCACCCUGAAACGAUCAGCCAAAUCAAACGAGACAUCGGUCGGCAAUUUCCUUACCACGAAGACUUUCGUCAGCCCAACGGACACGGGUAUGAUGAUAACAGCACUAUGUCCUCUCUUUCCACGUACACCAAAUCUACAUCUCCGGGCAGGCAAGCACUAGUAACCAUGACGACCACUGCAACCAUUCAAGUCAUCGCACCCACAGGGACGAUAAAAUGGAUUCUUGUGGCUGUAUGA